GAAGUCAGGAAGAACUCCUGUCCCGUCACUGUUGUGGUCUUUUGGCUUCUUUGACAGUUGGACUAAAGGGCUUUUCCUUUUGUUUUUCUCCUCUUUUCCACUCUGAACGCUCAGACGGGAGCUGUAGUGAGAAGAGAAAUCAAAAGUAGGAGCUCUUUAUUCCCAGAGAAGGAACUCUCUAACAUAUACCUUCAAGAAGAGUUUACUCCCCCAAAGGAGUAUUUAGUAUUACAUAGACAGUGACUCAUUGAACAGAGGGAGAAAAGGGGGAGCAAAGACAUGAACGGAGAGAGCAGAGAGAGAAUAAAAAUACAAGAAAUCCAGCCAGCAAGAUUCUGAACAACAAUGUAAGAAAAUUUUGCUUCAUCCAGAAAUAUUAGUAGUUUUUAAUUUUUUUAACAUCAGAAUGACUGCUAGUUUUGUUUAAAUUAUUUGUUCUGGAAAUACUAAAGUCUACUAGACUGAGGUUAGAGGCAUUUUCUUUGGCAGCAGGAAGAUACUUUUAUAAAAGCCAUGCCUGUACUUGGGGUUGCCUCGAAACCGAGACAGCCAGCUGUUGGGUCAAAGCCUGUUCAUACUGCUCUUCCGAUACCAAAUCUUGGCACUACUGGACAACGGCACUGUUCCUCAAGACCUUUGGAACUUGCUGAAGCAGAGAGCUCGAUGCUUUCUUGUCAGCUUACAUUAAAAUCAACCUGUGAAUUUGGAAAGAAGAAACCCUUCCCAGGAAAAGCCAAGGAGAAAGAAGACAGCAAGAUUUACACUGACUGGGCCAACCACUACCUGGCAAAGUCCGGCCACAAGCGGCUCAUCAAGGAUUUGCAACAGGACAUUGCAGAUGGAGUCCUGCUAGCAGAGAUCAUCCAGAUCAUUGCAAAUGAAAAAGUUGAAGACAUCAAUGGAUGCCCUAGAAGUCACUCUCAGAUGAUUGAGAAUGUUGAUGCCUGCCUUAGUUUUUUAGCAGCCAGAGGAGUGAAUGUCCAAGGUUUGUCUGCUGAAGAAAUAAGAAAUGGAAACUUGAAAGCCAUUCUUGGGCUGUUUUUUAGUUUGUCUCGUUACAAACAGCAGCAACAUCAUCAACAGCAGUACUACCAGUCCCUGGUGGAACUUCAGCAGCGAGUUGCUCCCUCCUCUGCUCAGUCGGAAACCAGUCAGGCCAAAACUCAGCAAGAUAUGCAGUCCAGUCUGGCAGCCAGAUAUGCAACUCAUUCUAAUCACAGUGGAAUUGCAUCCAGUCAAAAAAAGCCUACUAGGCUUCCAGGGCCCUCUAGGGUGCCCACUGCAGGCAGCAGCAGCAGCAACAGCAGCAGCAGCAACAGCAAGGGCCAAGGAGCCUCUAAUUUGAACAGAAGAAGCCAGAGCUUUAACAGCAUUGAUAAAAACAAGCCUCCAAAUUAUGCAAAUGGGAAUGAAAAAGAUUCCUCCAAAGGACCUCAACCAUCUUCAGGUGUUAAUGGUAACAUGCAGCCGUCUAGCACCGCUGGGCAGCCCCCUGCCUCUGCCAUCCCUUCUCCUAGUACCAGCAAACCCUGGCGCAGCAAGUCCAUGAAUGUCAAACACAGCGCCACCUCUACCAUGCUGACAGUGAAGCAGUCAAGUCCAGCGACCUCUCCCACUCCAUCUUCAGACAGACUGAAGCCACCUGUCUCAGAAGGAGCCAAAAGUGCUCCCUCAGGCCAGAAAUCCAUGCUUGAAAAAUUCAAGCUGGUUAAUGCCCGGACUGCUUUACGCCCUCUGCAGUCCCCCAGUUCAGGACUCAGUGACUGUGGAAAGGAUGAUGAUGUCUUUUCUGAAUCAGGGGAAAUGGAAGGUUUCAACAGUGCUCUGAAUAGCGGUGGCUCAGCAAACAGUAGUCCCAAAGUGUCUCCUAAAUUGGCCCCUCCAAAAGCUGGAAGCAAAAACCUCAGCAAUAAAAAGUCUUUGCUACAGCCAAAGGACAAAGAGGAAAAGAACAGAGACAAAAGUAAAAUUUGCCCUGAGAAACCAGUCAAGGAAGAAAAGGAUCUGGUGAUGGAGACAACGCCAAAAAAGACCUCCAAAAUCGCAAGCUUGAUCCCAAAGGGCAGCAAAGCGGCAGCAGCCAAGAAGGAAAGCUUAAUCCCAUCUUCCAGUGGGAUCCCCAAACCUGGCUCAAAGGUGCCCACAGCAAAGCAAACCAUCUCAUCUGGCAAUGCAGCAAGCAAAGAGACAGACAAAUUCAGGACUACCAAGGGAAGCCCUUCCCAGACCUCACCCAAGGCCACAGCCUCUGAGAAGGCAAGCACAUCCAACUGUCCCGCUCCUCUGGAAGGAAGGGAAGCUGGCCACACACCUCCCUCCAGUUCUUGCACUGUACCCGUGGCGCAGAGCAGCGGGCAGAGUGCAGGAAACGGUGCUGUUCACCUCCCACAGCAGCAGCAACACAGUCACCCCAACACUGCUACUGUGGCUCCAUUCAUUUACAGAACACAUUCAGAAAAUGAAGGUACCUCUUUGCCCUCUGCUGACUCCUGCACCAGUCCUACAAAAAUGGAUUUAUCAUACAGUAAGACUGCUAAGCAGUGCCUAGAGGAGAUAUCGGGUGAAGACCCUGAAACAAGAAGAUUGAGAACUGUGAAAAACAUAGCUGAUUUGAGGCAGAAUUUAGAAGAAACUAUGUCUAGCCUUCGUGGGACCCAGAUAAGCCACAGCACCCUGGAGACAACAUUUGAUAGCACUGUGACGACAGAAGUGAAUGGAAGAACCAUCCCCAACUUGACAGGUCGGCCGACUCCCAUGACCUGGAGAUUGGGUCAAGCUUGUCCACGACUGCAGGCUGGAGAUGCUCCCUCCUUGGGUGCUGGCUACCCACGCAGUGGCACCAGUCGCUUCAUCCACACAGACCCUUCGAGGUUCAUGUACACAACACCUCUCCGUCGGGCUGCUGUCUCUCGACUAGGAAAUAUGUCACAAAUGGACAUGAGUGAGAAAGCAAGCAGUGACUUGGAUGUGUCUUCUGAGGUUGAUGUUGGUGGCUACAUGAGUGAUGGUGACAUCCUUGGAAAAAGUCUCAGGACUGAUGACAUCAACAGUGGGUACAUGACAGAUGGUGGACUGAACCUGUAUACCAGGAGCCUGAACCGAAUACCAGAUACAGGAACUUCAAGGGAUGCCAUCCAGAGAGGAGUUCAUGAUGUGGCAGUGGAUGCAGACAGCUGGGAUGACAGCAGUUCAGUGAGCAGUGGCCUCAGUGACACCCUCGAUAACAUCAGCACCGAUGACCUGAACACCACAUCCUCAGUCAGCUCAUACUCCAACAUCACUGUCCCUUCCAGGAAGAACACUCAGUUGAAGACAGAUGCAGAAAAACGCUCCACCACGGAUGAGACUUGGGAUGGUACGGAGGAGUUGAAAAAAGCAGAGGAGGGCCCUGAGAGCCAGGCAGAUGGUGGUGGCAAGUGGAAGAGUGGCUCCUCGGGGCCUCCUGAAGACACUGAAAAGACAGGACAAAAAGCUUCCCUGCCGGUAUCCCAGACAGGGUCCUGGAGAAGAGGCAUGUCUGCUCAAGGGGGGGCCUCCUCUAGACAGAAGGCUGGAACAAGUGCACUCAAGACUUCUGGAAAAACCGAUGAUGCCAAGGCUUCUGAGAAAGGGAAAACUCCCCUGAAAGGGUCUUCUCUACAGAGGUCUCCUUCUGAUGCAGGAAAAAGCAGUGGCGAUGAGGGGAAAAAGCCCCCCUCGGGCAUUGCGAGAUCGUCUGCCACCAGCUCUUUCGGAUUUAAGAAGCCAAGCGGAGUAGGCUCAUCGACCAUGAUCACCAGCAGUGGAGCCACCAUAACCAGUGGCUCAGCAACACUGGGCAAAAUUCCCAAAUCAGCUGCCAUUGGUGGGAAGUCAAACGCAGGAAGAAAAACCAGUCUGGAUGGCUCACAGAAUCAGGAUGACGUCGUGCUGCAUGUGAACUCAAAGACCACACUACAAUACCGCAGCCUGCCUCGCCCUUCCAAGUCCAGCACCAGUGGCAUUCCCGGCCGAGGUGGCCACAGAUCCAGCACCAGCAGUAUUGAUUCCAACGUCAGCAGCAAAUCUGCUGGGGCCACCACCUCCAAACUGAGGGAGCCAACUAAGAUUGGGUCAGGGCGCUCCAGUCCUGUCAGUGUGAACCAGACAGACAAGGAGAAGGAAAAGGUAGCAGUGUCGGAUUCAGAGAGCGUUUCUUUGUCAGGUUCCCCUAAAUCCAGCCCCACCUCUGCCAACGCCUGUGGUGCACAGGGGCUCAGGCAGCCAGGAUCAAAGUAUCCUGACAUCGCCUCACCUACAUUUCGAAGGUUGUUUGGUGCCAAGGCAGGUGGCAAAUCUGCCUCUGCACCUAAUACUGAGGGUGUGAAAUCCUCCUCAGUACUGCCCAGCCCUAGUACCACAUUAGCGCGGCAAGGCAGUCUGGAAUCACCAUCAUCUGGUACGGGCAGCAUGGGCAGUGCUGGUGGGCUAAGUGGCAGCAGCAGCCCACUCUUCAAUAAACCCUCAGACUUAACAACAGAUGUUAUAAGCCUAAGUCACUCCUUGGCUUCCAGCCCAGCGUCGGUUCACUCAUUCACAUCUGGUGGUCUCGUGUGGGCUGCCAAUAUGAGCAGUUCCUCUGCUGGCAGCAAGGACACUCCAAGUUACCAGUCCAUGACUAGUCUCCAUACGAGUUCUGAGUCCAUUGACCUGCCCCUCAGCCAUCAUGGCUCCCUGUCGGGACUGACUACUGGCACUCACGAGGUCCAGAGCCUGCUCAUGAGAACGGGUAGUGUGAGAUCUACUCUGUCAGAAAGCAUGCAGCUUGACAGAAAUACACUACCCAAAAAGGGACUAAGGUAUACCCCAUCAUCUCGGCAGGCCAACCAGGAAGAUGGGAAAGAGUGGCUGCGGUCACACUCCACUGGAGGGCUGCAGGAUACAGGCAGUCAGUCACCCCUGGUCUCGCCUUCUGCCAUGUCAUCUUCUGCAACAGGAAAAUAUCACUUUUCCAACUUGGUGAGUCCAACCAAUCUGUCUCAGUUUAACCUUCCUGGGCCCAGCAUGAUGCGCUCCAACAGCAUCCCAGCCCAGGACUCUUCCUUCGAUCUCUACGAUGACUCCCAGCUUCGCGGAAGCGCCACUUCCUUGGAGGAGCGGCCUCGCGCCAUCAGCCACUCAGGCUCAUUUAGAGACAGCAUGGAGGAAGUUCACGGCUCUUCCUUAUCAUUGGUCUCCAGCACAUCUUCUGUUUACUCUACAGCUGAAGAAAAGGCUCAUUCAGAGCAAAUCCAUAAAUUGCGAAGAGAGCUUGUUGCAUCACAAGAAAAAGUUGCUACCCUCACCUCUCAGCUUUCAGCAAAUGCUCAUCUUGUAGCAGCUUUUGAGAAGAGUUUAGGGAAUAUGACAGGCCGGCUGCAAAGUCUAACAAUGACAGCAGAACAAAAGGAAUCUGAACUGAUAGAACUGAGAGAAACCAUUGAAAUGCUAAAAGCCCAGAACUCUGCUGCCCAGGCAGCCAUUCAGGGAGCACUGAAUGGUCCAGAUCACCCUCCUAAAGAUCUCCGCAUCCGAAGGCAGCACUCCUCCGAAAGUGUUUCUAGUAUCAACAGUGCUACAAGUCAUUCAAGCAUUGGCAGUGGUAAUGAUGCUGACUCCAAGAAAAAGAAAAAGAAAAACUGGGUGAACUCUAGAGGAAGUGAGCUGAGGAGUUCUUUCAAACAAGCCUUUGGAAAGAAAAAAUCCACCAAACCUCCUUCCUCACACUCAGACAUCGAAGAGCUUACUGAUUCAUCCCUUCCAGCUUCCCCCAAGUUGCCCCAUAAUUCUGGUGACUGCGGUUCUGGAGCCAUGAAGCCCUCACAGUCAGCCUCAGCGUCACCCCUUGUCUGGCCACCAAAGAAACGGCAAAAUGGCCCUGUGAUCUACAAGCAUAGAUCCCGGAUCUGUGAGUGCACAGAGGCUGAGGCAGAGAUAAUUCUGCAGCUGAAGAGCGAGCUCAGAGAAAAGGAAUUAAAGCUGACGGAUAUCCGGCUGGAAGCUCUCAGCUCUGCUCAUCAUCUGGACCAGAUCCGGGAAGCCAUGAACCGGAUGCAGAAUGAAAUUGAAAUACUGAAGGCUGAAAAUGAUCGGCUAAAGGCAGAGACUGGUAAUACAGCUAAGCAUACCCGGCCACCAUCAGAAUCCUCAAGCAGUACCUCCUCCUCAUCUUCACGACAGUCAUUGGGACUGUCUCUGAACAAUUUGAACAUCACCGAGUCUGUUACCUCAGAUAUUUUGCUAGAUGAUGCUGGUGAUACGACGGGACACAAAGAUGGACGCAGUGUGAAAAUUAUAGUCUCCAUAAGCAAGGGCUAUGGUCGAGCAAAGGAUCAGAAGUCUCAGGCAUAUUUGAUAGGUUCCAUUGGAGUCAGUGGAAAAACCAAAUGGGAUGUCUUAGAUGGUGUAAUAAGACGUCUCUUUAAGGAAUACGUGUUGCGCAUUGACACAUCCGCUAGUCUUGGCUUGAGUUCUGACUGCAUCGCUAGCUACUGUAUCGGAGACUUAAUUAGAUCCCAAAGUCUGGAAGUGCCUGAACUGUUGCCUUGUGGGUACCUUGUUGGAGAUAACAACGUCAUCACUGUGAACCUGAAAGGAGUAGAAGAAAACAGUUUGGACAGUUUUGUUUUUGAUACUCUGAUUCCGAAACCAAUUACCCAAAGAUAUUUUAACUUGUUGAUGGAGCAUCACCGAAUUAUACUCUCAGGACCCAGUGGUACUGGGAAGACCUAUUUAGCAAACAAACUUGCUGAAUAUGUAAUAGCAAAAUCUGGAAGGAAGAAAACAGAGGAUGCAAUAGCCACUUUCAAUGUAGACCACAAGUCAAGUAAGGAGCUGCAACAAUAUCUAGCUAACCUGGCUGAACAAUGCAGUGCUGAUAAUAAUGGCGUCGAGCUCCCAGUUGUAAUAAUUCUUGACAAUCUUCAUCAUGUGGGCUCUUUGAGUGAUAUCUUCAAUGGUUUCCUCAACUGUAAAUACAGCAAAUGUCCAUAUAUUAUUGGGACAAUGAAUCAGGGAGUUUCUUCAUCACCAAAUCUAGAGCUGCAUCAUAAUUUCAGGUGGGUAUUAUGUGCAAACCACACAGAGCCAGUGAAAGGCUUUUUAGGAAGGUAUCUUCGAAGGAAACUGAUAGAGCUAGAAAUUGAAAGAAACAUACGCAAUAAUGACCUAGUCAAAAUCAUAGACUGGAUUCCUAAGACAUGGCAUCAUCUCAACAGUUUUUUGGAAACACACAGCUCUUCUGAUGUUACUAUUGGUCCUCGCCUUUUCCUGCCUUGCCCUAUGGAUGUGGAAGGCUCUCGCGUGUGGUUCAUGGACCUCUGGAACUACUCUUUGGUACCUUAUAUUUUGGAAGCAGUAAGAGAAGGUCUUCAGAUGUAUGGGAAACGUGCACCAUGGGAAGAUCCUUCAAAGUGGGUGCUGGACACAUACCCAUGGAACUCAGCAUCCCUCCCUCAGGAGAGCCCAGCGUUACUUCAGUUGCGCCCUGAAGAUGUCGGGUAUGAGGGCUGCACGUCCACUAAAGAAGCCACAACCUCAAAGCACAUUCCACACACUGACUCAGAAGGAGAUCCCCUGAUGAAUAUGCUAAUGAAGCUCCAAGAAGCAGCCAAUUACCCGGGCGCACAAAGCUGCGACAGCGAUACCACCAGCCACCAUGAAGACAUUUUGGAUUCAUCUGUUGAAUCUACCCUCUAGAGGGUGAAAAAAGUCAGGGGAAGAGACUCUGUUAAAAAAAAAAAAAAGGAAAAGAAAAGAAAAAUGCUUAAAAGAUAGGUAUUUUCACUAAACCACUGCCAGUAUGAAAGCACCUGGUCAAGGGCUCUGACUCAGAGGCCUGGUGGUCCCCAAGGAGGCAGCAAGAACUAAGUCUGAAAUGCCAAGUUGCUAAAUUUCAACAGAAGCUUAACUGUAUUUUAUUUCUAGGCAUUUUUGUAUCCAUGGAGUUACCAAAGGCUCCAUUACUCAACUGGAAAGGACCCUCGCAACAGGGCAACUGAAUAGAUGGCACAUGAGAUAGCCAAACUGGAGUUUAUUUUCCUCCUCUGUAGAAGUUUACAAUGCAGACUUUUUUUUUUUUGGUUCUUUCCUUUUGUUUCUUCUGAGGAGUUGUUCUCCCCAGGCAGGGUCCGUUCUUCUGAUCCCUCCAACCUCCUUUGUGCCACAUGGUGCUGGUCACAGGGCUCCAGUAGUGUUUGUGUUGUGCGCUCACCCCAUUCCAAAAUGAAUCCGAGAGGUCAGUCCUCCAAAAGCACAAAUGGAAUUGUGCAACCACCAGAAUAACACUACUGCAGCAAUCUGGAGAAGUGCCAAUUUAAUUCUAACUGCCAUGUUCUCAUGAUGCACUCCACCAACUUUUUAGUGUGUAAGUCACAGGUUUUAUAAGGUUAUUUUUACCACAGUGGUCUUUUUAAACCACCUGCCCACUCCCUUAACAAGAGUUUUAUAACAAUUAUUAGUCAACAAUGACAGAAGGCUUUUUUAAGGCUUUAUUUGUUUGAGCCUUUUCAGUGAAAGAAGGAACAUUUCCUAUGGUGCUGUCUCACUGCCUUAAAACAGAUUUCUACAACAGUUUAACAGUUGGUUUAAAUCCUAAACCAUUGGUAAUUUCCACCAUCUUUUCAUUUGCAAUCCAGCAACUUCAAUCCAACACAGUAGCCUCAUCUCUCUCGUAUAUCUUUCUUUUAUUUAUUUUUUUAUUUUUUGAAGAAAUGGAUAGGAGAAAGAGCAGUAUUUUUAUCUUGUGAAUAGAUUGCUUUGCCUAUCCACCCAAUUAUUCAAGUAACCCAGCAACCCACUUUGACUGUCACUUAUGAGCUAAGAGACAUGUGGCUAAAUUCCACCCAGGUCUAAGUAUAAGAGUUUCAGAAGGCGGGAGAUGUUGAAUUCUUACCCAGCAGAGCUGGAAGCACUAGAUGCAGCAUGAGCACAACCAUUCGGCUUUCCUUCCCUAUUCUGUUUUUUUUUUUUUAAUUGUUAUUGUCCAAAUCGUUUUGGCGCAUGUUGUUUUGAUUGCUAUUGUUGUACAUGAGAAAUUCAGCAUUAAAGAACACUGAAGCGGGAAAGUCACUGUGGAAGCGGAAGCGUUUAUACUGUAAAGGAAGGUUAGAUUUGCACAGUCUACUGGGUAGGUAUUGUAAAUACUAAUUUUUAAAACUUGCACAAAUCAACACAAACAAAACAAAAUUGUAUUCUAUCUUGUUGGUGUUAAAAGGUGUUUCACUUGCUGAGAUUUCCUGUACGUUGCAAACAAAUACAGAAUGCAAACUCUCAAAGCUGUUGUUAUCUGCUGUGUUUGUCCUGUAUUUACAAUUGUUAUGACUAUGCAGGAGCUAUCAGUGCUAGAAUGAGCAUGCUUCAAAACUGCACACGAAGCCAAUUCAUUUUUGGAAGAAGCAAAGCUGUCUGUAAGUACAUCUGUCAUGGCAGGCUAGAAAGAGAGUGCAUGAAAACUGAUCAGUCAUUGGAGAAGUUACCACCACAUACAGAAGACAGGUUUUCAGUCUAUAAAACCCAAGGGCUAGGCCAUCGUGUAGACUUGUUCUACACACAUGACAAUGUGUUACUUUUAGGAUGUGUAAUUGGUGCUACUCUCUGUGACCACCAUGGGUCAGUUGCUAUUAAAAACCAUAAGAAUGACAACAACACAAGACAUUGGUGCAGUUUUCAGAGUGUCAUUAAAUGUGUAGGUCCUUACUUGGUGCUAUUGCCCUCAAGGAAAUCUGAACUGAAUUUAUGCACGUGGAAUUGUCACCCUGACUUUGAAGCCUCAAACAUGGAUCAAUCUGUGGUGAAACAUCAAUAUAUGUAGCUGGAUGAGUGACUAGUUGCCCUUGUAUAAUACAUGAUCUAAAGAAAUUGCUAAUCUUUUCCUGCCAUUUUGAGAACACAGUCCAAACAUGAACAUAAACGAUUUUCUGCAAUACAUCCCAGUAGGUCCACCUAGUUUACAACUUAAACUAGUUUGUGAAACAUUUGUCUGUAUACAUUUUAUAUUUUGUACAUUUUUGAUGUAACAUAUCAUGUAAAUAGGCAGAAACAGUGAAAUAAAUCAUCUGAAAAGUUUUGUAGUCUUUGUAAAGCCCCAACAAUAAGUACUUGGUGUCAAUGGACUUAACUGGAUGAUGUAUUUUCUAUUGGUUUAUUGUUCCUCUAGCUUGUAAACCAGCUUGCAUAUAUUUUUUUGCAAAUGUGCACCCUCUGUAUCUGUCUAAAUUAUUACUUUGCCAUUAAAGUGGAAUUAUUUAUU